AUGUGGACGUCGCCGUCCCGAAUCCUGCUGUCCGUCAGCACGUUGCUGUUCGCCGUCGCCCAACCGACCACGAGUGCCGAUGUCACUUUCCAGAGCGUGCGGGAAGAGGUGGUAAAAGACUAUACUGGGCAAGGGGGAGACAUCCCCAAUAAGAAAUACUUCCGUGACUUCCAUUAUCAUUAUGAUGGACGGUUUGCGAACGAGACUCUUCCCGCCGAAGAAACCAUCCCUCACCUGUCGGAGCUCAUCCGAACGUAUCUGUCGACCAUGGCCGACCUAGGAGCUGAAACAUGGAUCAUGCACGGCACGAUGCUGGCGUGGUGGUGGAACCAAAAGAUCUUCCCGUGGGACAACGACAUCGACGUUCAGAUCACGGAACCUACGAUCCGCUUCCUCGACCAGUACUAUAACAUGACCGAGCACCACUUCGACAUCCCCGGCGUCGAGGGCGGACGCUCCUACCUGCUCGAAAUCAACCCGUUCUACGUCAUCCGGUCGACCAACGAUAAGGCGAACGUGAUCGAUGCGCGCUGGAUCGAUAUGUCGUCCGGUCUCUUCAUCGACAUCACGGCGGUGCGCAAGGAUGAUGCCGCCGUGGAGAAGGGCGACACCACGGCUUUGAUGUGCAAGGAUGGCCAUCGCUUCGACGAAAACGAUAUCUUCCCUCUGCGGAACAGCCAUUUCGAGGAUUUCCCCGUCAAGAUCCCGUACGACUACACGAAACUUCUUGUCGAGGAGUAUGGCAACAAGGCUCUGACGGUCACCAACUUCCAAGGUCACACUUUCAAUGAACAGACGCUGGUGUGGGAUAAGAAUGAGCGCCUCGAGGGCGUUAUCGAGCAUCUGAGCGAAAAGAACGCGGGCGCUCCCAACACGCCCUCUCCGCCGCAACAGACACAGCAACAGUCGCUGCCCCAAGAGAAGGAGCCGGCGCCCGCUGAACCGCCUCAUACCGCAGACAACGAAAACUGUCCGUUCGCCAACAUGGACCCGCGAAACCCCCCGCAAAAAAGAAAUCUCGAACACGAGUUUGGUCGAUUGGUGAUCGAGGAAGGACGCAGUCGAUACGUGAGCAAUCGCUUGUGGGCAAGUCUUGGAGACGAGGUGGAAGAAUUGCAGGAUAUUCUAGAUCCCUCGUCUUCGGACGAAGAGGACUAUCCAUCGCCAGAGUCGUCCUCGACGCUGUCCGGCAACCAUGAGGGCUUUCUCUUCGGCUUUUACUCCCUUUCGCAAUCCCUCCGCAGUUUUCAUCCUCCGCCCGCAAAGGUCUCAAUGUUGUGGGACCUUUACCUGGAGAAUGUGGCGCCGCUGGUUCCUAUCAUCCAUAAACCUACGGCUAAGCAGCUCUUUGCCAAAGCGGCUCAGAAACCAGACUCGAUGGACAAGAACUCUGAGGCGCUCAUCCUUGCCAUGUACUUUGUGUCGAUCAUCAGUCUCUCUUCUGAAGAGUGUCGGACCAAAUUUGGCGAAGAGCGAGAGACCCUCGUGGGUCGUUACCGGUUCGCGGUGGAACAGGCUCUCGCCAAAGCAAACCUCCUGAACACCCAGCACAUCAUGGUCCUGCAAGCCGCGGUGAUAUUCUUAAUUGGUGUUCGUCGAGAGGACGAUACCAAAUUCGUUUGGUCCAUGACUGCUCUUGUCCUUCGCCUUGCGCAAGGGCUGGGCUUGCACCGAGAUGGCACUAAUUUUGGCCUGAAACCCUUCGACACAGAGAUGCGACGACGACUCUGGUGGCACAUCUGCUUAUUGGACAUUCGGUCAUCCGAGGACCACGGGACCGACGCCCAGAUCCAUGAGAGAACAUAUGAUACUCGACUGCCGUUGAACAUCAAUGAUGAAGACAUCACCCCGACCAUGGUGGAACCACCUGAAGAGAGAAUCGGCUUCACCGACAUGUCAUUCUGUUUGAUCCGAUGUGAUAUCACCGUCGCCCUCCGCCGGGUGAGCUAUUCCUGCCCGAAUAACAACUUCCCGGGACCACCCCGACAGCCGUCUCCUGAAAAGUGCGGUAAAUUGAUCAAGGCUGUCAACGACCGCAUUGAGGAGCAGUACCUGAAGCAUUGUGACACAAGGGUCCCAAUUCAAUGGGUUUGUGCGACAGUUGGGCGUUUGAUCCUGACGAAACUAUGGCUGGUGGUUCAUCAUCCAAUGACAAGACCAUACCAGGGCGUUAAUCUGACCAACGAUUCUCGCGAGAGCUUGUUUGUUACUUCGGUUCAGGUGGCCGAGUUUUCUCGUUUGUUGGCGGGAGAUCAAAACACCCACAAGUGGAACUGGUUAUUUGCUACCAACAUGCAAUGGCAAUCUAUUGCAUUUGUUUUAUCCGAGCUCUGUGUGCGUCCCAUCAAUCCUCUCACGGACCGGGCCUGGAACGCGGUCAGUUCGCUCUACGGAGAAUGGAUGCUCACCGCAAAACAACGGAAAGGAAUGUUAUGGCGCCCGCUAGCUCGGCUGAUGAAGCGGGCGAGUGCCUGUCGAGAGAAGCAAAAGGAGGAGAUGCGGAUUCGUGGGGACCCCUUCCCAAGCGCCUCAAACACCGUCGCGCCCCGUACUGUUGCUCAAGGGCCACAAAUCGUACCCCCUCCUGUGUUACCUCUCCUCUCGGAGCUUGAAUCCUUGUAUAGGACGGAUUCCACUAGUCAACCCGACCCGGAGCCCAAUAUUGAUCUCCGCGGCGGACCAUUGGACGCCAUCAGUGGCAUGUUUCCUGGAGUUGACUGGCUUGCGGUUUCCGCAUCUCCUUCUGAGCAGUCGCUACCACUCAACCCGAACCCCGAGCCGACAAUGACCCUUCCGGAUCAAGCGCACAUGUUACCUUUGGCGCCGCAAGGAGAUCUAUCCUCGCCCCAGUUGAAUUGGGAUGAGUGGGAUCAGGUUAUGCGUGACUUCCACACGGACCUGCAGCAGGCGCAUACUACGAACCCCAUGGGGAACAUUUCUGCGAAUGUUUCUGACUGGUUUAUGUGA